GACAGUGUAAACCAGAGAAAACUGUUGUAUGUUGCUAUGCAUGUUUAUCGGUGUCAGGGAGUCCAACGAUCUUGGAAAUUAUGCAUUUUGUACCCAAAUACGUCGCCGGUGAGGAUUAAUAGGGGAAAGAGGACUAAAACCAGAUUAUAAUGAUCGCCAUAGAAACUUUGCCGAGAGAGAUCGUUCCCUUGAAACCACAUCAUCUCAAUCGGAGAGGCAAGUUGAAUCGAAACAAACUUCGUCCAGUCAUCCGACCCACGAGCACCCAGCAGAACCCCGACGGGCUGGCCUGUUCUCAGCUGACACCGGUCAAACCACCGAGUCCUACCAGGUCUAUUCUAUCAUGUGUUGCUGAAACUGAAAGUAGAAGUGAUGCUGCUGUUUCUGCAACAGGAAAAUGUCAUCAUAGGAAAUUAAAAUCUGGAAAUGCAGACAAAAAGUUGAAGCCACCCGUACCCGGGAAGUUACCUCGGCUGAAAAAGAAAGACGAAGGGCGUGUCAGUAGAAAAUCUGGCAAGAGUUCAACUUCAACAUCAAGUUCAAGCACAACAAUAUCGACAUCAGAAAGUCAAAGGAGACCGAGUCUAAAAAAUGAGUUGAUUGUAGAAGAUGGAGAUACAGCCAAAUCUCAAAAGAAAAAGACAAAAUCUGUCUACAUCUUAGAGGCAAUCAAACCAAAUAAUGUUCUAUCAGAAAAGGAGAAGUUCAUGAGAUUAAGGGGUCAUUAUAAUCCCCAAUUUGAGUAUGAUAAUCCUGCUUCAGAAAAAGUGAUUAAGAGUUAUAGUCAAGUUUACAACAAAUUGAUACCUCAGGCUUUGCGGAUCAUGGACAGUGCUCUAGAUAGAUAUGGCAGUUACGAGGCAUUUGAGGAGGCCAUUGCUGGGGAUCGACUGACAGAGACAGAGUUCAACUGGCUCUUCAAAGAUUUUGUGACUGCAGAAGGACUUGACAACCAAGUCCACUUGAAUCUAACCCCUGACCUGUUGUCUAGAGCAGUUAUGACAAGACUGAGGUCGCGACCCACCAUGAAUGUCAACAGUAAGGUAUUGAGGAAAGGUUGGGCUAGAGGCUUACUUCAGCAUGAGAUUGGCACUCACUAUAUGAGAAGUGCCAACAAUCGCUACCAACCCUGGCAUAAUAACCGAGGUCGGAAGCGUCAUUGCCUACUGCCUAUGAAUCCUACAGAGGAGGGUUUAGCCAGUCUUCACAGUGUGCUAGGGAGGGAUGACCCUUGUCUGUGGAGGUCAGCUAUGCUUUACUACACUGUCUAUCAAGCCUCUCUGCUGCCUUUCAGGGAAUUGUUUGAACACUUGUCAAGGUUCAUCCAAAGUCCAGAGGUUCGCUGGGACUAUUGUAUGCGGGCCAAGCGAGGGCAAGUGGAUACUUCUAAACCAGGUUGUUUCAAUAAGGAUCAAGUAUACCUCAAUGGAGCUCUUCAGGUUCUACGCUUCCGCUUUGAGAUUGACUUCCAUGCCCUGGUCAAGCUGGGUCGUGUGGCCUUCCAGGACGUAGAGCGAUUGCGACAUGAAGCAGUCCUUGCAGAAGGUGUCGUCAGCGUCCCGUCCUUCAUGGCAGAUAAAGACAAAUACCUGGAGAAACUGAGUGAGAUCAGACUCAAGAACAAGCUGACAGAUAAAGAGCUCUGUGAGGUGUUCCCUACAAUGGAAAGCUGCAUUUGAUCAUUACCUCAGGUUGUAAUAUGCUGGGUUUUUGUUAAUGCUUGUUCUAUAGCAUGUAUCGAGGAGGUUUAUGUGGCAGCUGUAGUUUUAGUGCCUGUCAUUUUGCUUUGCUUCUUCUUCUUCCUUUUGAGUACAGACCUCUUUAUAGAUUAUUAUCGUACUAUACUGGGGUCGUGUGCAGGUAGACCACUACACUGGGGUUUCCCCCUACUCUUAUAAGAAUAGUGCAGUGGGUUCUUAACAUGCAAAGGUAGUGACUCUUCUCUACACAGGGCCUUCAUUUAACAUCCUAUCCGAGGGACUGAUGAUAGGACUUGUUCGUUUGUGUCUUUGUGAAAUUAAUGACAAUUUUUUACAGUUAUUACAACAUCAUCAGGGCAGUCCUAUAUUUGGAAAAGUAUUCCAAUUUGAAGAGUUUCAGUCUAAGCAAUAGAUAACAGUACACUGUGGGUCUUUUAAAAAUAGAUCUAAUUAUAAUUUUUCUUUUUAGAUGGAUGUUUUUUAUAAAAAUAGAUGUAUUUAGGGUUACACAAUAACUCCAGUUGUCGGUUCAAAAUAAAAUGACAUAACUUCUGCCAAGAUCAUCUACGAGCAUCAGUUAUUUGAGCCUAUUGGCAAUUCAUUUUAGGCUGUAUAAAGCACAGAGAUGUAAAGUCUAUGUGAUGAUUGUCAAUUUAAUUUUGGAACAUCCUGUUGAUCAAAUUGAUAUAAUUGGGGGAUUCCCAUAUGUAGAAAUUCUUUGUAUCACAAUUUUAAUAUUAGUGAAAAGUAUUAGACAUGCGCUGGAUUUGAAGGAGAAAUCCCCUUUUCUGACAGAUUGCUGACAAGUGUCAUGACAAAACAGUAUCUUAAAAAAAAACAGGGUACAGAAUGUACGGUACUCUUACACAUUUAAUACAUACAUACAUGUACUGUAUGUACUUUAAUAUCCAAUGUCCCUUAGUCGUGGAAAAGGUGAUUAAAUUUUGAUCACUGUUUUGUGAGUACUAGUUAUUUUCAAUGAGUGAGAUAGAUAUAUAUUUCAAUAAUUUAAAUCAGCCCUAUCUGUCAUUCUUUACUGUAUAUUAUAUAGAUUCAAAUUUGUUACAACAUGUACGUAUAUGUUUUAACUUGUAUUGCUUUAAACUGAUAUAGGAUACGAUCAGUUUAAGUCUGUUUCUUCUAAUAUCUAACUAUUUACCACAUAACUACUACAUAAUAUCAUUUCAGUUUGCCAUCUUCAGGAAGGGUGAUCUCCCAAUAUCUUUCAACACAAUGAGUAUUAUUGAAGACAAUGAUUUCCUAGAACAUGAAUAUGUAGUAAACUGUGUUUUGUAGGAGUUCAGGUUAUUAAAAUACAUAUAUAUAUAUAAAGUAUUAAGAAUACCAAAGUAGCAUUGAUAUUAAUCAGAGCUGUGAGAAAGUUUGCCAAACUUUUUAUUUCUUGAUCAUUAGAAUCAACAUUGUAACCAAGGCUGAGCGUGUAGAAAAUCAAAUUAGAUUCAUGUCAACUUGCCAAUGUUGUUGCAUUUUGCAAAAUAAGAUAUUGUAUAGUUUUUUGUUUGUUUUUUGUUUUUUUCUUCUUCUAAAUAUAUCAUUGAUUGUACAUUAAAUAUGUUAGGAUACUAACUUGCCAAUAGGAAUUAUAUGAAUCAAAGACAAUCAUACAUUGAUUUGACAUUUAUGUAAGUUGAUGAAUGAACAAGGAAAAUUAUGAUUCAUAAGUGAUAGAGAUCAAUCGAUUCUUUGUUCCAUAUGUUGAACAAAUUACUGCAAUUUGAAAGUUUUAAGUUUAGAAUAAAAUUAGUGUAAUUGUUUGAAGUUUGUAUUAUUUUUUUCCUUGGUUUGAAUCUAUGACAGGAUGCACAAAAUAUGACUACCGGUCACUCAUGUUUCUACUGAAAAGCUGAU